UUUCUUCAUCUUGGGUGUAGCUGCUUGAUUGCCAACAACCAUGUCGGAGACAGCGCCGGUCGCUCAGGCUGCUUCUGCGGCCACGGAGAAACCUGCCGCUGCAAAGAAGACCAAGAAGCCUGCAAAGGCUGCCGCUACCCGGAAGAAGCCCGCGGGACCUUCGGUGUCGGAGCUUAUCGUGCAGGCAGUCUCCUCUUCCAAGGAGCGCAGCGGCGUGUCCUUAGCUGCGCUCAAGAAGUCGCUGGCUGCGGCGGGAUACGACGUGGAGAAGAAGAACAGCCGCAUCAAACUGGGGCUGAAAAGCCUGGUGAAUAAAGGCACACUGGUGCAGACCAAGGGCACCGGCGCUGCUGGCUCCUUUAAGCUGAACAAGAAGGCCGAGUCUAAGGCCAGCACCACCAAGGUGUCAGUGAAGGCGAAAGCAUCCGGGGCUGCUAAGAAACCCAAGAAGUCGGCUGGGACUGCAGCUAAGAAGACUGUCAAGACUCCGAAGAAGCCCAAGAAGCCUGCAGUUUCCAAGAAGACUUCCAAGAGCCCCAAGAAGCCGAAGGUGGUGAAAGCUAAGAAGGUAGCCAAGAGCCCUGCUAAGGCGAAGGCAGUGAAGCCUAAGGCUUCCAAGGCCAAGGUGACAAAGCCAAAGACCCCAACUAAGCCCAAGAAGGCGGCGCCCAAGAAAAAGUGAACAGUUGGAGGCUUCUUCUAUAACCCAACGGCUCUUUUCAGAGCCACCAACAUAACUCAAAGAGCCUGACACUCGUUUCACAGCACUAACUAGUGCUAUUGGGUAUAAACCUGGUGGGAGUAGGCAACACCUCGGUGGGUUUAGGCAUUCACCUCUCCAGGGAACAAUUUGAGUCCGUCUAGUUUUGUUUGCCCAGAGAUCCUGUGGAAAUAGCCUUUACCUGGGUAGUUUUACAACUGGUAGCCCUGGGACGCGCUAUCCUCUCCAGGUGUGGUGAAUAAGCUCUCUUUAUGGCAUGGUAGUGUAAUGGGCUGGGCGCCUCGACCAGGUAAGGUACUCUUGCCAAUAUGAGGAUGAGAACCCGGGUGUUUGAUAAGUGCUCCGAAUGGGCGUCCGCACUCGGUUCACAGGCAGCUCUUGCAGCUUUUGCUGAUUUUGCUAAGUAGCCACUUUGUCCUCCUUCCUCCCAAGAGCUAGGGUUAACGCCUCGCACGGUGAUUUGCUGAGCUCCCUUAUUCUGAGUUCAGUUUUUAAAUUAUUGCGGCGGGGGGGGGGUGUCUGGAAAUUGAGGGGCAACUUGAAAUUGGUUCUCUCCCACUACUUGAGCCCAGAUUAGUUUCAAGUCAUCAGGCUUGGCGGCAAGUUCCUCUUACUCUGAGCGUCUUUCUGGCCCUGAAUUUAGCUUUGUUCUUUCAACGAAACAUUAGAAGACCAAGUGUCCAAGACAUUGGUCUGUUAUGUCAAGUACACAAGAAGCCAAAGUAGUUUGGAUCCUGAAUUCAGGCUAGUCUAGGCUAUAGAGCCAGAAGCUGUCUUAAUUAUUUGGUUGGUUGGUUGUGGGUGUUUUGAUUUUCCAAAAAAAGUUGGGUAUUGUUUGUUCUAAUGUAUUUUUUUUUAGCUAACUAUUUUUUCGUCUUUCACAAAAGUAUUGUGAUCAUCCAUUUGUUAAAGUGAAUAUGAUGCAACGAGUAGGACCUCAUACGGCUAGCUAUAAAAUAUAUUUUACAUUUAAUAAAUGACAUAUUCUAAGAACAGCUCAACUUCCAGAAGUGUCAGUUUCAGCUUCCCCUACUAGGCGUGUGGGCUCAUUCAGUUUUGCUAAGUCUGAAGGAUGUAGAAUACUGUCAGUUAUUUUUAACUCAGAUUUUAGGUUUGUUGGCUUUCUGUUUGUUGGCUAUUUUAAUAUUCCUUCUGGGAAUAGAUUGUUUGGAUCACUUGUUUUUUUCAGAGUGGUCUGUCUUUUUGCUCAAUUUUAGGUUUUGUUUGUUUGGUUUAGAUAUGUUUAUUUUUCUGUGUUAGUAGUUUUCCCAUAUCUAAGUACAUGUACUGUGUGCAUGUCCUGGAAGUGGAGUUACAGAUGAUUGUGAACCACCGUGUGGGUGCAAGGAACAACCACCCUGGGGUCUCUGCAAGAACAAGUGUUCUUAACCACUAAGCUACUUCUCCCAUUGCCUCUAUUGUGGUUUUUAAUACAGUAGGAAAAUGAAUUUUAUUUAUUUAUCUUUUUAACCAGCAACAUUGCACACAGUGGUUUUUGGUUUUUU